AACUAUAUGCGUCUUUGAUUGGCUAUACCCCGACGUCCAUCCUUGACGGUUGUUACUUAACCCGUACCUUAUCAGUGAAAACAGCUGACGAUCAACAUCAUGUCUUUCAAUUGCUAUUCCCCUCUCAGUCCAUCGUCCAUCUCCAAUUGCAAACCCAACCAACCCCUCACUUCAUACGUUGGCUCGUGAAAUUUGAGCGAACAUCAAGCACCAUGCCUGACGCCAAAGAUACAUCGGUAACAGCUUCAUCAGGCGAUGUUGAGAAAGCAGCAGUAGAUCCACCUGACGAGAUAGCUAUUGAAUCCAUGCGCAAACAUAUCGCUAACAACGAUCCCGAUGAGGCCUUGAAUUUCGUUACUGCAGAAGCCAUCGUUCUUACUCCAGAAGACGAGAAGAAAUUGCUCAGAAAGAUCGACCUUCACUUGAUGCCUCUACUAUGUGUUGUUUACGGAUUGAACUACCUGGAUAAGACUACGCUAUCAUAUGCUUCUAUCAUGGGAAUUAAAAAAGACCUCAAUCUGCAAGGUCAGGAUUACUCGUGGAUAGCAUCGAUAUUUUACUUUGGCUACCUCUUCUGGGAAUGGCCAACAAAUCGUCUACUUCAACGACUACCGCUAGCGAAAUAUUCAGCUUUCAACGUGAUAAUGUGGGGUCUAACACUUUGCUGUUUGGCAGCCGUGAAGAACUUCGGCGGAGCAAUGACAGUGAGAUUCUUCCUCGGCGCUUUCGAGGCAGCCGUCAGUCCCGGUUUCGCCCUGUUCACGUCUCAGUGGUAUACCAAAAAGGAGCAGGGCACGAGAGUAGGCUGGUGGUUCAGCUUCAACGGCUGGGGUCAAGUCGUUGGGGGUUGCGUAGCCUACGGUAUUGCCGUAGGCACAGAGGCUCAUCCCAUUGCAAUCAAGUCGUGGCAACUGGUAUUCCUUGUGACUGGCUUUUUUACGGCGUUCAUGGGCUUCUUAUUCCUCUAUCUUAUGCCAGAUAGCCAGAUGAAUGCCCGGUUCUUAACACAACGCGAACGCGUUAUGGCCGUCGAACGUAUCCGUAUAAACCAACAGGGAGUGGGAAAUAAGCAUUUUAAAUGGUAUCAAUGCAAAGAAGCAUUCACAGAUCCCAUGAUCUGGGCUUUCGUCCUCUAUAGUGUCAUUUCCUCGAUCCCCAAUGGCGGGAUGUCGAAUUACUUCUCGCAACUCAUUGUCUCCUUUGGAUUCUCGGAGAACACAUCUCUACUACUAGGAGUCCCCGGGGGUGUCGUUCAGGUCAUUUCCCUCCUCGUCACCGGACACUUGGGUGAUAGGUUCAAGAGUCGCAUAUUAUUUGGUGCCGGUGGGGUCCUGGUUUCCGUGCUUGGCCUAUUCCUUAUACUCCUCGUGCCGCUGAGUAAUAGUGGUGGGCGACUCGCAGGAUAUUAUCUCUAUCAAUGUGUUUCGACCGGGUUCGUUGCCUUGCUGGGGCUGAUAUCAACGAAUGUGGCAGGUUGGACGAAGAAAACGACGGCUGCGGCGAUGUACCUGAUUGCCUACUGCGUCGGCAAUAUCAUCGGACCUCAAGUCUUCCAAUCGAAUGAUGCGCCACGAUACCGCAACGCGAACAUAGUUGUCCUUGUGUGUAUGUGUGUUUCAUUCGCCAUCUUGCUGUUCAUCAAUUUCUGGUGUAAGCGCGAAAAUAGGAUAAAGGCAGCCAUACGCGCUACCCCGGGAUAUACAAAAUUGGACGGACAGGAAUUUCUCGACUUGACGGACAGAGAGAACCCCGAGUUCAUAUAUAGUCUGUGAAAGACAGCAAGGGGGUAGACAUCGACUCGGAGCUCAGGAUAUUUCUAUUAUGGAUACCUAGAAACAUAGUAUACUGCAUACCGACUGAGUGGCAAAAGAACGAUAAAAAACAUUACAAGCUUCUGAGACAUAUUAGUAACGGCACAGCUAAUUUCAACAUACAAAAUAAAUCACAAUCAGCUAUGUGGACGACAAUCAUUGGAGCAAAUUUGCAAUUUAACUGUCCAUGUAUGUUUUUGAUAUAUGAGAUCUGAUCAAGCUCCAAGUGGUAAUGCCUGUAUCGCGUAUUCUUACUUCAACGAAUCGAGUAUCGAACUUCCUUCCGCACAUCAGCUGCUAUCUCCAGCGCCUCCUUUCUCGACUUGGAGAAGACAUUGAAAUAAGCCACGAAUGUGUUUGCGCCGGAACUCGGGUGUGGAAUUCUCUGUCCUCUUUUCGCAAGAC